CCGAGUUGUCACAUAGCAAUGCCUCAUUUUAAUUUUCAUUUCGGCAAACAAACUAUCUAACUUCGAUCUCUGACUUCUGGUGUCCUGCUUUUGGGGGCUUCUCUAAGAUGCGACAGAAUAAUCCAAAUCAGGCGCCAAGGCGUAAACUUAUUCCCCAUCUAUUCACCAACAUACUGAAUGUGAUUGCCGAAUCGGAUCGGCCUUUGACCCAGCAUGAGAUCGUCGAGGCUGUUUCCGAGCGUCUGGAGCGCUCUGAUGAGGAGCUAAAACGCCAGAUAACUGUUAAUCUGCACGACGCCAUCAUCUAUGGCUAUCUGAAAGUACGUAAUUAUCGCUACUCAAUCGUCCCGAGUCAUUCGGAGCCAAGUGAGCAGCGUGAGCCGCAAGAGCAAGGAAGCUCAACGCAUCAAAAUGUGGACAGUUGGCAGGAGAAAACCAUUUGACAUCGACGACAGAGCGAAAUUUCCAAUUGAAAAAUAAAGAGGCAACAAAAG